CUGCUGACAAUUGAGGAUUUUACGAUGUGUUAAAAUCUUAAAAAUGUGAAAAAUUGUCGCGAUUAAGCUGACUUCUGUUACCUACAGUAAUAAUGCCGAUGUUAACGGUGCGAAUUGAGUAAAAGAUGGCAGACUCUGACGAUGAGUACGACCGUAAGCGUCGGGAUAAGUUUCGUGGUGAACGCAGUGCUGGCGGAGACAGCUAUCCCCGGGGUGUGGAUCGAUCGGAUCGGUCCCGUGGUCGGGAUGACUGGGCUGAACGCGGCAGGCCAAGACAGGAUUACCGUGACUAUCGGCCUCCGCCAAGGGAUCGUGGAUACUCGCCGUCCCGGGAAGGUCCCCCGAUGAAGCGUAUGCGCGGUGACGGUUGGGGUGACGACGGAAGGCAGCGAUAUGGUGGUCAUGAUGGUUAUGGAAUGUACGGCUAUGGCCAUGACCAUUUUAGCAUGCAUCCCAGUGCUGGAUACGGGCAUCAAGCCCCUAUGCAUCAAAGAGAACCGCAAUCUUCCGCUGAUAUGCAAACACAGCCUUGCAUGAUGUCGCUGAAACAAUUUUUGGCAAUCCAGGACGAUACCAUUUCGGAUUCCGAAGCAAUUCAGAAGCACAAUGAAUACAAGCUGGAAUUCAGGCGACAGCAAUUGAAUGAAUUCUUUGUGGCUCACAAGGAUGAGGAAUGGUUCAAGAUCAAAUACCAUCCGGAGGAAUCGAUGCGGCGAAAGGAAGAGCAAUUGGGUUUCCUAAAGAAACGCUGCGAUGUUUUCUGCGAACUUCUGGAAGCGAAAGAGGUCACUAAGGUUUCGGUGGACACGUCCAAUUCGGAGCCGUUGCUUCGCUUGCUCGAUACGGUGGUUAUUAAGCUGGAAGGAGGUACCGAGGAGGAUCUCAAGGCGUUGGACGAAAAACCGCCUGAACCGGUUGUUGUAACAUUACCGAAGCCUAGGUUCGAGGUCAAACGAGAACCACUGGACGACGGGAUUAAGAAGGAGAAAUUUAGUAUUAAGGAGGAGAAGUUUGACUAUUCCGAGCCCACGCCGAUGGAGAAGCCGAUUGAUCCGGAGAAGGACGUGAUUGGUGGUGGCGAGUGGGACGAUGAGGAGCCCAUAGUACCACCGAAGCCAGCACCCGUCGAAAAUGAACCGGAACCGGAAAGAGAACCAGAGCCUGACUCGGCUAAAGAACAGGAACCCGAGCCGGAAGAUGAUUCGUCUUCGAGAAAGAAGGGUCGCAGAAAGAGAAGCCGCUCGGAUUCGGGCUCCAGUUCGUCCUCUUCGUCGUCCAGUAGCUCCAGUGAUUCAGAAGAUGAAAAAGAAAAGGAAAAGAAGGACGACGAGGAUGAAGAAAAAACAGCAGAACCGGAGGAGGCAGCAAACACUCCGCCAUUGCCCGAAACACGGGAAGAACGCGCUAAGAGCAACGGGCACAAGAGCGCCGGCGAGGAUGAAGUGGAGACAGAAAAUAAAGACUCGGAGGAAGCCGAUGGAAAAAUGGAUACUGAAGAGGCUGCUGGUGCUACACAGGAGCCUGAGGCCAGCGCGGAAAAAGAACAACCAGAAAAGCAAACCGAGAACAGUGAACAGCAGGAGCUUGCGAACAAAGAAACCGAAGGCGAACAGGACGCAGAACGUGCAGAGACUAUCGAUUUGAUCAAAGAAAACACCACUGCAGUAGCUCCUCGUGCGCUGCAUAGAACCAGCUCUAUUUUCCUUCGCAAUUUAGCGCCGUCGAUUACGAAAGCCGAAGUGGAAGCGAUGUGCAAGCGCUACAAUGGCUUCCUGCGAGUUGCCAUUGCCGAUCCGUUGCUAGAGAGAAGAUGGUUCCGCCGUGGUUGGGUGACAUUCCGUCGAGACGUGAAUAUCAAGGAAAUUUGCUGGAACCUUAACAACAUUCGCCUGCGGGACUGCGAAUUGGGUGCAAUCGUGAACAAAGACUUGAGCAGACGUGUUCGUCCGAUCAACGGAAUCACCUGCCACAAGACGAUAGUUCGAAGCGAUAUCAAGCUUUGCGCUAAAAUCACUCAUAACUUAGAUGAUAAAGCCAAUCUGUGGAAAGAACCGGACAGCGAUAACGGCGAACGAAAUGGCGAGUUCUUUGGACUGAACUCUAGAAACCCUGUGCUGCAAAACAUCACCGAUUACCUGAUCGAGGAAGCUUCCGCCGAAGAGGACGAGUUGCUUGGGCUUUCUUCGGAGAACAACAAAGGCAUCGACGGUGAAAUGGUUGAACGUGACGCCCAGUUGAUUGAGGUUCUGGACAAACUUAUUCUGUACCUGCGAGUGGUCCAUUCGGUCGAUUUCUACAAUCACUGCGAGUAUCCGUACGAGGAUGAAAUGCCCAACCGCUGUGGAAUCAUCCACGCCCGUGGUCCUAUGCCGCAGAACAAAGUAAGCUCCAAUGAAAUUCAGGAAUACAUUCGCACGUUCGAGGGCAAAAUGGGAUCCUUCCUUGCUCGCGUCUCCGAACUGGAUGAAGAGGAACUGAAGAAAAUGGGCGCAAAAGAUGCCGAAGCCGAGGUGGAAAAGUUCAUUCAGGCUAACACGCAGGAGUUAGCCAAGGACAAGUGGCUCUGUCCACUGUCCGGAAAGAAGUUCAAGGGACCAGAUUUCGUACGCAAGCACAUCUUCAACAAGCAUGGUGAGAAGGUCGACGAAGUACGCAAGGAGGUCGAAUACUUUAACAACUAUCUUAAGGACACCAAGCGACCCCAGUUACCCGAACAUCCGGGUAAUACCAAGAAGGCGCCGGUCGAAGCGCCACCACCGUCGGCUGGCUAUCGUUCCGCGUACGGAAUGUCCCACGGGUAUGCUCCGAUGUAUGCCCCAUAUGCACCGCCAAUGAUGGCACCAACUGGUCGCGGCCGUCCGGGAUACGGGCGUGGUGGACGAGAAUCGACGACACAAACUCGCAGGCCCAUAGUAGCGUACAGCGAUUUGGAUAUGCCCAAUUUUAACGACAGCUUUCUUUGAAACAUGCGCGCUAAGUGUUCUAGGAGCUUUGACGAACUUUCCGAACUUCUUUAGUUUGAAAGGCUAGGACUCUUCAUUCAGGACAAAUUGUAUUCGACGACCCGACUACCUAACCUCUAAUUGCGUGUAAUAAACUAGGGCGAACAAUAGGAAAUACUUUGUUUGAUUUGUCGUGAGCUCUAGAAUCCGAAAACUGUUUCGAUUACGUUACGUACUGUUGCCACACCAAAACCACACACCUUUCCUGCGGUUUAUCAUAUCUUGUUUACACCCCGAUCUAUUGAAAUCGUUCCAGAAUGGCACCGGCAGUGAUUCACUACCGCGAUCUGGACGCACCCCGUGAACCGGAUGAGUUUAUCUAAAUCACUUCGAUCGUAUACAUAUAUAUAUAUAGAAGAAUUCAUACAAUAGCAACACCGUACAUUAUAUAGCGUUAUGUGUAUCCAAAAUUCAACUUCAUUUUAGAUAUAAUGGCUUUUCAUAAUUUGACUCCAUUUAAGAAGAAGACUAGUUAACAUACUGUCAGAGUUCAAAGGUGUAAUGACAAAUGAAAUAAAG